GUCUGCCCUUGUUAAUUACCAGAGACACGGACCAGGGAGCUCGGCCCGGGAUUUCCCGGCCCUCAGCGGCGCCAGGCUCCGGUGUCUCCCCUAUCUAUCUCGCCGCUGUCCAGGCCCACCCCUGCCUCUCUGCAGACGAUGGACAUGAUGGACGGCUGCCAGUUCUCGCCCUCUGAGUACUUCUACGACGGCUCCUGCAUCCCAUCCCCCGAGGGCGAGUUCGGGGACGAGUUUGAGCCGCGAGUGGCUGCUUUCGGGGCUCACAAGGCAGACCUGCAAGGCUCAGACGAGGACGAGCACGUGCGAGCACCCACGGGCCACCACCAAGCCGGCCACUGCCUCAUGUGGGCCUGCAAAGCAUGCAAGAGGAAGUCCACCACCAUGGAUCGGCGGAAGGCGGCCACCAUGCGCGAGCGGAGACGCCUGAAGAAGGUCAACCAGGCUUUCGACACGCUCAAGCGGUGCACCACGACCAACCCUAACCAGAGGCUGCCCAAGGUGGAGAUCCUCAGGAAUGCCAUCCGCUACAUUGAGAGCCUGCAGGAGCUGCUAAGGGAACAGGUGGAGAACUACUAUAGCCUGCCAGGGCAGAACUGUUCUGAGCCCACCAGCCCCACCUCAAGUUGCUCUGAUGGCAUGCCGGAAUGUAACAGCCCUAUCUGGUCCAGAAAGAGCAGCAGUUUUGACAGCGUCUACUGUCCUGAUGUACCAAAUGUAUAUGCCACGGAUAAAAGCUCCUUAUCCAGCUUGGAUUGCUUAUCCAGCAUAGUGGAUCGGAUCACCAACUCAGAGCAACCUGGAUUGCCUCUCCAGGAUCCAGCCUCUCUCUCCCCAGUUGCCAGCACUGAUUCUCAGCCUGCAACUCCAGGGGCCUCUAGUUCCAGGCUCAUUUAUCAUGUGCUAUGAACUAAAAGUCUAGAUCAGUUCUGCCAGAAGGCCUAUUACACAGGAGGAAGGAG